AUGCAUCUCUCAGGCCCAGGGGGCACAGACCCAGGCUACAUACGACCUAGACCGGGGGACAGGAGUACCCACUGCCUCUCAGGCCCCCUCACCCCUGACCAAGACCUAGACCAGGGGGACAGGAGUACCCACUGCCUCUCAGGCCCCCUCACCCCUGACCAAGACCUAGACCAGGGGGACAGGAGUACCCACUGCCUCUCAGGCCCCCUCACCCCUGACCAAGACCUAGACCAGGGGGACAGGAGUACCCACUGCCUCUCAGGCCCCCUCACCCCUGACCAAGACCUAGACCAGGGGGACAGGAGUACCCACUGCCUCUCAGGCCCCCUCACCCCUGACCAAGACCUAGACCAGGGAAACAGGAGUACCCACUGUCUCUCUGGCCCCCUCACCCCUGACCAAAAUCUGGUCAGGGCUACCCUCUCUCUCUCCCUCUCUGACGAGCUCAGUAGUGAGGAAGCCAUAUGCCAGAGCACCAUCUCACAUUAUGGAGAGGAGGAUGAGGACAGUGUCCAUAGAUUUAGAAGGAGAUGUGAGGAGGAGAGAGAUGAAGAAGAGGAGGAAGAGUGUAAGGAGGAAGAGGAUCAGUAUGAUAUUCUACCAGCCCCCCGGAACUCUGAGUAUCACAUCAACCAAUCAGAUGAAGACUUGACUGAUGGAGAGGACCUCUAUGACUUCCCACUGUCCAAUAGCAGGGCAAGUGACCGCCAAGAUUAUAGCGAGAUGACAGAGAGCAUCUAUGACGUCCCCAGUUCCCUAAUGAGGAAAAUGUCUGAACACACACUUGCAGAGCCUUACCCUGGAGGUGAGAUACUGGUGGAGGACAGGGGCCUCCUGGAUGACAUGAUGGCCGGUCUGGGUGGAGGGACGGUGGGCUGGAUAACAGGUGCUUCUACUGGCUCUGUGGAGCCCUACGGGCUGGCUCAUCAUGGCUCUUAGGACUGGUAUAUAGUAUAGACUCUGGAUAAUAGAGACUGAAUGAGUUUUCCUCAUUCAAAUUGUUCUAUAAAGCUUGACACAUUCUGUUAGAGAUUUAAAUAUGUUUACAUUUUAUGAAAAAAAUCUAAUUUGUCAUGAUAUUCUAUUGAUAUUCUAUUCUAUUCUCUUUUAAUACAAUCUACUGUCAAUGAAAUAUCAUAUUAAAUAACUAACUUUAUACUGUCAAAGUGUUCCACUUAGUAUAUAAUGUCAGGAGAGAGGUACUAUAGUAUUCAGUCAGACACUAUCCUUUUUUAGGAGGUAGAUCAGCUUUAAUAUUGCAGAUAGAUUGUGGCUUCUAUCAAUGUAAUUGUCACGUCCUGACCAGUAAAGGGGUCUAUUUGUUAU